GCUGGAGCUGGGGAGCAGCACGCAGACGUCGCACCGGCUGCUGGCCUACAGCGACGCGCUGCUCUCCAUCAUCGCCACGGUGAUGAUUUUGCCUGUGGCUCACACAAAAAUACAUCCUGAUCAGAAACUGGGUGAAAGUGUUCAGCAGCUUCUUUUAGCAAAAAUUGCAGUCUACUUGAUGACAUUCUUAAUAGUCACAGUGGCAUGGGCAGCUCAUGUAAGGUUGUUUCAGGUGAUAGAGCUUAUAGAUGAUGUCGUUGCUCUUCUAAAUCUGGCUUGUAUGAUGAUCAUAACUUUCUUGCCAUACACAUUUUCCUUAAUGGCCUCCUUUCCAGAGGUACCUUUUGGCAUUUUCCUAUUCAGUGUCUGUGCUGUUGUCAUUGGCCUUAUACAGGCUGUGAUAGUAGUGUAUGGAUUCUAUCACCCACACUUACUGAAUCAACAGAUACAGGUGUCUGAAAAUCAGAAUUUCUAUAAACAUCAUAUCUUAAAGAUUAUCCUAAGAGGACCAAUUUUAUGCUUUUUAGCAGCCAUCUUUUCUUUUUUCUUUAUUCCUUUGUCUUACGUACUUCUUGGGCUCGUAAUCGUUUUUCCGCAUCUCACUCGAUUCAUUACGUGGUGUAAAACCAAGAUUGUUGGUCAGAGAGAUGAAGAGGAGGAACACCAUAGGUUAGAAACCUUCACUUUUUACCUCAGUGAGCCUCUGAGUAAGGAAAGGGUAGAAGCAUUCAGUGAUGGAGUCUAUGCUAUUGUAGCAACCCUGCUCAUUUUGGACAUAUGUGAAGACAACGUUCCUGAUCCCAGAGGGGUUGAGGAGAAGUUCCAUGGCAGCCUUCUUGAAGCUUUAAGUGAAUAUGGGCCAAACUACCUUGCCUACUUUGGCUCAUUUGUAACAAUUGGUCUCCUGUGGUUUGUUCAUCACUCACUUUUCCUGUAUGUAACAAAGGCUACGCGAUUAAUGGGACUGCUUAACAUACUUUCACUGGCUUUCAUUGGUGGGCUUCCGCUAGCUUACCAGCUGACCAGUGAAUUUGCAGAGAAGACUCACAAUGAAAUAGAAGCCAUUCAGGUCAGCUGUGUUAUCACUUUCUUUGCCAGCAUAUUUCAGUUUGCAAUAUGGACUACAGCCCUACUGCAUGAAAGGGAGACUUUGCAUCCUUUUGCUAGAUAUGGUGGCAAGGAACAUGCCUUCAUGUUUGCCAAGCUGGCUCUCUACCCUUGUGUAAGCCUUGGGGCCUUCUUUCUAACAUGCUUGUUAAGUGAAUUUAGCACAGCAAUUUUCCAUCUUAUGCAGAUUGUAAUCCCAUUUGCUUUUCUCGCCUUGCGCAUUUUUGUUAGAAUUUCUUUAACUGUCAUAAAGUCUGUGAUGUCUCUCUCCAGACGGAAGGUUGUAUUGUUAGAAGAAGAAGAGGCAUGUUUGUCUCCUACUGAAACACCGUCCUAAAUUUCUGUGCAGUGCAUGUGAAGUUAUAACAUUAACUUCAGUUCUUCUAACUCACAUUAUCUUCAUGUGUGGAUUACAUUGAUCUAAACCAAAGCCUGCGUUGGCCAUAACUGGGGCAUAUUUAAAUUUUAGCUGGUCAUGCUUGAGACCCUUUCUCCAAAACCUGUAACUGAAAAAAUUGGGUAAAUAGGGGAUACAAAGAAAAGCAUGUUCCCCUUCCUUUAAAGUUACCCUUUUGGCAAAAAUGCCGCUUGACGUGUCACUGCAGUGAUGACUGAUUAAGAAGUGCACAAACAGAUGCCCAGCAAAAUGCCCUUUUGUCUGGCAGUCAUUAUGGCAACCAAACGCAGGUACAGAAGCAGGUCGUGCUGCUGUAAGAUAGGGAGUGAGGCUUGGAAGACAAGGAGACCUCCGGAUUUCUGGAUGGUGCGUCAUGGUAGAACAUCUGUGCAUAC